AUGGCAGGUUCAGCUCGUCUUCAAAAAGAACUUCAAAUUAAAUCAAAACAAGCAUUAGCUGUAGCAACUGAUCCAUUAGAGCGUUUACGUGCUGCAUGUUUGGCUCGAGGUGCACAAGGUAUUAAGGGUUUAUCAAUUUUGUUUCGUGUGAUGGAUGAUGAUGGAAAUAGAAAGUUAAAUAUGGAUGAAUUCAGAAAAGGUGUUCAAGAAUAUGGUUUGAAUUUUUCAAAAGCUGAAACCGAGGAACUUUUUCGUAAAAUGGAUGGUGAUCAAAAUGGUAGUAUUGAUUAUGAAGAAUUUUUGCGUCGAUUACGACCUCCAAUGACUAACUUUCGUCUUGAUCUAAUUGCAAAAGCAUUUGCAAAACUUGAUAAAAACCAUGAUGGUACGAUAACUGUUGACGAUUUACGCGGUGUUUACAUUGUAAAAAAUCAUCCAAAAUAUCAGAAUGGUACAUGGAGUGAAGAUCAAGUAUUGGCGCAUUUUCUUGAUACCUUUGAUUAUGGUACUCAUAAAGAUGGAGUUGUAACACGUGAUGAAUUCAUCGAUUAUUAUUCGGGCGUUAGUGCUUCUAUCGAUAAUGAUAUGUAUUUUGAUCUAAUGAUGCGAAAUUCAUGGAAAAUUUAA